AUGAAUCUCAGGAACAGAAAUUUCAUAAAACCGCCUAAACGGUAUGAUGAGGUGUAUGCAAAACCAGCUCCACUGCCAGUCCACGAUGAGCCUCGCGUCUAUAAACCCAAAUCUGAUCCUACUCGACCUGCGUUCCCAAUCCCCUUUACUGACUUUAACCCAAACUUGCCUCCUGCAGCAUUCCCUACAUUAGACUUCCUAAGGAGAUCAGUAACUCCUGAACAGAGAGCUCUGGAACAUCUCAACAACACAACAAGUCAUGUGCAGGGACAUUCAGGGGCUAAGAAUGACGACAGUGAAAAUGUAACUGAUGGGAUUGGAAGAAGGGACAUGGAUCAUCAAGCUUGGUCAGACACUAUGGGUUACCUGCAUGGAGCUGAGAGUAGUCCAGAGACAAUGUCAGCUCGUAUGGCUCUAAGCGACGAUGAGAAUGAAGUUGGAAUCGGCGCUUCAGAAGCUGCUGGGUUGUCAGGUGAUUCUCUUCGCCCGGUGAAAUGGAGCGAUAUCUCCCCGGUCCUUCAAACAGAAAUCUUCGAUAAUCUCCGUUCUGUUUAUGAGUAUCGCAAAGUCGUCGACAAACUGAGGCUUACUCCUACAGAGCAAGUCAAGAUGAUUGAACAUUCGUCCUCCCGCGAAGAGCAGAUCAAGAACGAGAACGAACUGUUGCAAGAAAUGAGAAAGAAGCAACUCCAAGCUCUGAUGCGCAUGGACAACAGUUAUUUGAGAACACAGCAGGUUCCAGCGCAGCUAGUAUUCCAGACGAUUUCAAAUAAAUACGUGGGUGACACGAUCACCAACGCAGAACCAGAUUACUCUAUGACCCGAGCCAGCGAUAUCUUGAUCGCGCGCAAAUAUUUGAGGAGUUGUGGUUUAGACCCCAAGUUCGCUGGUGAAUGGGAUAAUAACCUUGUCACAAUCAGCAGCAAUGGUAGCACAGGCGAAGACGCGGGUGCAGACACAACUGAAUCUUUUGAGUGGACUGGGGAAUUACCGCAGGCUGGGGAAACCGAUAUCCCUGAGCAAGGCGAGACGAAUUACGAGAGUGGGCAAGGUUCAGAAGCGACUCCUGACGACAGCUCGCAGUCUGAUUGUUCCCCAACACCCAAGCAGCUUCGAUCUAUCGAUUCCAACCUAAACGCAGCUCAGCAGAUUCUUCGUCACCGUCGGGAGGCGGCACUCUCUCGCCCUGGCGCGACACAAUCUCUCGAAAAUCGAACGUCUGGUGCCAGAAAUGGAUCACCCCUAUGGACACAACCAUCGAAACCUUAUCAGGGAACCCGUCAGCCAUCACCACUGCGUCAAGAGUCCGUGGUUCGACUGAAAGUGGGUCCCCAGGGCGCUGCUAGAAUUCAACAGGGUCUUUUUGGGGCACAAGGUGACAUGAUGGCGCUACCUUCCCUUGCACCUCGCACAGGAGUUUCGGGAAACAUUAUGAGCAAGACAAAUCUUAGUUCUCAGUCAGACUUAUUUGGAAAUAUGGAAUCUCUGGGCGGCUCAGAAUUACUUUCGCAGCAUGGGAUAGAGCAACUGAAGUCAUCUAAAAAGCGAGGUUGUGAUACCCUAAAGCGAUCGUUGGCAGGGUCGUGGUAUUACGGUAAAAGCAAGAAAGAGACUGAGGCUGCUUCUAGAGCUUCGCGAUUGCUUAGGGAUAGACUUGAGGCAGCCAGGGCUGAAGCUGAGUCUUCGCGCCGGGAAGACUUGCGCCACGCAGCACGCCCUGAAUCAAUCCCCCCUGUUCCAGCGGUGAACUUACAUAUCCCUAGCCAAGAUGAUGCCCACCACGUUGCGCGUGCGGAUUGUUUAUGCAAAUGUCAGGUCCUAACGGAAAGGAGGAUGGUGUCCUCACCAAAGGCACAGACAAGCGGUCAAGGCGGACCCCAGGCAAACCAGCAAAUGCCCUUCAAUUCAGAAUUGAACUUAGUGCAGCAGAAUACGCCAUCCAGCAGGCCCAAUAUGGAGAAAGAGGCACCAGAGCUCUCCUCAAUAACACCAACUCUCACUGAGACUCCAUGCGAGCCCAAAGAAAACGAACCAAUGAACGGGAAAUCGGCAGGACAUGGAGCACACUUAACGGAGAUGAGUAUUAAACAGCUUCCUGAAGGUACAGCUACCUGGAUAAACCAAAAUAACGUGAAAAUAGAAGGAAAUGUGGCAACUGCAACACUCCCCUUUCGCAUGAAUGCCAGCAACGCAUCCUCCAAACAGGAAGCCACUCAGGCUGGAACUGAAACCUCAGCUAUGCCUGUCAUGCCUGUCCCUGAAUUGGAGAUGAUGGAUGCGAAUUACGAAAGCAACGUUAUGGAAACAGAUAAUACCCAGAAUAGCCAGGGCCCAGAAUCAAUUGAACUAGCCCCUCUGGUAUCCCCCGCUAGGGACAACGGGCUUUUCGGCCCCGAAGCGAGGCUUCCAAAUGCACCAAGUGAGGAACUCCCGGUCCCACAAAGCUUAUCCUUUGCAAAGCCCUUAAAGAAGAAAAAUAGGAAAAGUGGGAACAGGUGGACAAAGAAGAAGCCUUCGAGAGACCCUGUAGGCCCAGUCAAAAGAACGACAGCACAUGUGACUAAGAAGCCAGCGGCAAAGAGCGAUGUUUCCAAGCCAGAGAAACCCAACACUAGAGCAAUAAGAAGAAGCGGAAGAAUUAUUAAGAAAACUGCUUAA